AAAGCAGAGCGCAAGUGCGCACCACCGGCCGAGCGAGCUGAGUCGAUUCGAGCAGCAGGAUGGGCGGCGGCGGCGGCAGCAGCGGCAGCCCGACGGCGAGCAGCAGCAGCGACGAUGACGGAGACGCCUCGUGGAGGGCGGCCAUCGACUCUGUAGCUGUAGGGGGCUUCGGCUACCCGUCGUCCAACGGCGCGGCGAAGGCCGCCUCUGGCGGCGGCGGCGGCGUCGAGGAGGACAGCAACGGGCUGGAGCAGCCGCCGCAGGAUGAGAAGAAGGCGCAAACGCCUGGGCUCAAGCUGUACCAGAUCAAGGUAAGAAAUAUGUUGGACGAUAUGUUAGAGAAAAAUCUCGAAAUAGUGAGGAAUCCUUGCUUGAACUUGGCUGACCCCGAGGAAACAGGGGGAGGGAUAAAGUUAUUUAAAAAGGCACCUCCUGGCAUCAGAAUGGAUGCCGUAGAUAAAUACCAUGUGCAACUCAAGAGACCAAAGAUUCUUCCUGGGCCAGAGGUCGACGAGAAAUCAAAGAAGUUCAGACAUAUGCUUCAGUCUGUUGUUGUUGAUGGUAACGACGUACUUGUUUCCGCGAAAGAAGCAUCCCAAAUAUCAUUGGCUAGAAUGGAAGCUAGAGAAACUGCAGCAAAGACCAAAGCCAAGAGGGAGGAAGAAAGGGUGAACCAGCUGAAGAAGGUCAGGGGAGAGAAAUGGCUUCCUUCCAUUGCUAGUAAAAUGAAGAAAGAAAAAUCUUGGGAGCAAUGGCAGGAAAAAAAGCUCAAGAGCAAUGGCAGUAAUGGUGGAUCAUUUCAGCUGGGCCGCAUAUGCUAAUCUUUUAGGCCAUCUAUGGGGGCACCCUUUUCCGGACGCCACAAGCCCACAAUUGCUUUGAUAACUUCUAUUUUGCCAUUUAUCCAUUUGACGAUGAUGGUCGACAAGAGGAUUGAAUUGGAUGAAAAGAUAGAAUGUUGGACUGAUGAUUUUGUUCUAAUCUAGAGAACGUAGCUUAUCAGUACCUUCUCAAUUUUUGUAGCAAAAUUAUGUUAUAUUCCAGGAUUGAUACGCUUGAGCA